UUUCAAGCUGAUACGCAAGAGAAAAAAAAGCUUUAUAAAUGACAAGACUCGUUUGAUUUUUUUCGGAUCCAUCCCGAUAUCACUUUCUUAUACACACCAUUCAUUCACUUGUCUGAUCUUUCCCUUCAGUCCUUUUCUUAUUUUUUCCCUUAGAAUUUCUUUAUACCCUUUUUCUUCUACCUUGGCGUCUCGCAUCACCUCUUUCAUUAUUUGCAUUUUUAUUUAUCGUUUAUUCUACAAAUGUUGACUUAUAUGGAAGUCCAUCUUUACUACACCUUGCCUGUGCUCGGGCUACUGUUUUGGUUCUUGCGUCCAUUCCACUCGUCGCAGGAUAAAUUGAAAUACAUCUUUUUGUGCGCCGUGGCGUUUGGUACUGCCAGUCCCUGGGAUAAUUACAUUGUGUAUCAUCGUGCUUGGUCUUACUGCCCGGAAUGCGUCACAGCCGUGAUUGGUUACGUCCCCUUGGAAGAAUACAUGUUUUUUAUCAUCAUGACCUUGAUGACCGUCGCUUUCAGCAAUCUUGUCAUGCGUUGGCACCUUCCCGGGUUUUAUCUGAAGCCCGAAAAAUCCAUCUACUCUUCCAUGUGUGUUCGCUAUAUUCCCAUCAUUGGCUUCCUCACAGUCGGCGCUAAAGCAUGGCACCUGGCUGUGCCUGCUACGCCGCUUUUCUAUGGUAGUUGCAUCCUUUGGUAUGUGUGCCCUGUCUUGGCUUUGCUUUGGUUCGGAGCUGGUGAGUACAUUUGCCGUCGUUGGAAAGCUGUGCUUUUCUCCAUUGCGAUGCCUACCCUAUAUCUUUGCUGGGUCGAUCAAGUCGCCAUUGCUGCUGGCACCUGGGAUAUCUCUCGACGAACAAGUUCCGGAAUCAUGGUCGCGCCUCAUUUGCCUUUGGAGGAAUUCAUGUUCUUCCUUAUGAUCAAUGUCAUUCUCGUCUUUGCCACCUGUGCUAUUGACCGCGCUCAGGCCAUCCUCCAUCUGUACAAGACUCGCACCAUUGCUGCGCAUGAACGUGUCGAAUCUUCCUUCUUGUCGGAUAUGCUUGAUUUAACCUGGGCCUUUUGCCAAUGCGAUCAAGCAUUGAACAGUCGUCCAUUGAAAGAUCUUACCGUUGCUUGGGACAUCCUUCGCCAAGCUUCCUACUCGUUUUACACGGCCUCCUCCGUCUUUUCGUUCCAUGCCCGUCAAGACCUCGGUGUUCUGUAUGGUUUCUGUCGUGCUACGGAUGACUUGGCUGAUGAUGAAUCUGUGUCCGUGGAAGAUCGCAAGUCUCAAUUGGCUGCCACUCGAAAGUUUGUCCGUGAACUGUUCAGCCAGAAGACCAAUGAACCGGUGAUCAACUGGGCAGAGUACGAGGUCGUGCUUCCUGAAAGCUGUGUUGCAGCAUUUCGAUCCUUUGUACGAUUGCGUCACGUCUUGGAAGUCGAUGCUGUCGAAGAACUUCUCGAAGGCUACGAAUGGGACUUGGACCGUCGUCCGGUACAGACCGAAAAGGACCUGAUCCACUAUUCCGCUUGUGUCGCCAGCAGUGUGGGUGAAAUGUGUACCCGUAUUCUCAUGUUGUCUGAUCCGACGACUCGAUCCGACUUGUCCGUGUUCCGUUGGACCAUUGCUCGUGCACGCGAAAUGGGACUCGUCUUGCAGUAUACCAACAUUGCCCGUGAUAUUGUGACUGACAGCGAAAAAUUGGGCCGAUGCUACAUUCCUCGCGACCGGUUGACCAACGAAGAGUACAAUCUCAUUUCCACUGGUUGUGCCCGUGCCUUGGGUGAUCAACGUCUCCGGGAGCUGGCUCUCGAAUUGGUGCAUUCCGCCGAAGAAAUGUCCAAGCGUGCCGUUCAUGGUAUUGCUCGUUUACCUGCUGAUUGUCAAGGCGGUGUUCGUGCGGCUUGCAACGUCUACAGUGCCAUUGGCCAAGCACUGGAGCAAUCGCAUGGCUAUCCUACUCGCGCUCAUGUCCGAGGCUGGACCCGUGCAUGGAUUUGUUUCAAGAGUGUCUACGGUAUCGAAACCAAGUUGCCUACUUUGCUUAUGAAGAAAGUCGUCACCACCCGCAAGGGCAAAGUUCGAAGCUUCAUUGUCGAUUAAUCAUUCUUUCCCCCCAUUACAUAUUUUGUCUUUAUCAUUUUCUCAUUUCGUUUGUCGCAUUCUUGGUACCUCUUUCUCAUUGUUUUCUUUCUUCUUUUUUUAAAAAAAGUUAUACUUUAAAUAAAG